AGUCCCCUCGGUUCAGUGUUUUCUCAGUGACCCUCUGCUGUAGGCCUGCCUGCCUGCCUGCCUGCCUGCCUGUCUGCCUGUGCUGCUAUAAAAGCUGCCACUUCACAGCCAGCGCCGUUAUAUCCCCCUCUGCUCCUGGAGACGCUUUACCGAGAGAGGCACUUCAGCAUGUCGCCGGCUCUGCGCGCCCAGCUGUUCCUCCUUCUGAUCUCCCUCUCAUCAAGGAUGGGGCUCAGUCGCCACAUUGAGGACAACGAAGCUUCAGAUGGAUUAUAUUCUCUGCUCAGUCUGGACCAGAAAAGAGAAUCGGAGGAUUUUAUUUUCCGCCGACCUCUCAGAUGCUUGGACAUGCUGGCCACUGAUGGCUACUUCACCUUUGUGGCAUCUGGGCCACAGCUGGCCUGCGCUGCUUUCAUCAUCGCUGAGCCCAGUGAGGUCAUCGGUCUGGAGCUGUCUGAAGUCAGUAUCGACUGCAGCGCUGGAGAUUUCAUCAAGAUGUUUGACGGCUGGGUUUUGAAAGGAGAGAAGUUCCCCAGCAGCCAGGACCACCAGCUCCCUCUGCACCAGCGCUACACAGACUACUGCUCCUUUCCAGCACCGGGAUCCACCAGCCGCUCCUCUCAGAAUGUCGCCAUGAUCUUCUUCCGCAUUCACAGCCCUGACAGUGGCUUCACCCUCGCUGUUAAAAAGCUACAUAACCCCUUCCCCUGUAACAUCAUGUCUCAGAGUCCAGAGGGCAGCUUCACCAUGGUGAUGCCACAUCAGCGCAGGAACUGCAGCUUCUCCAUCAUCUACCCUGUGGAUAUCCAACUGACAGAACUCAGCCUGGGGCAGGCCAAGAGCAAUGAGCUCAGCCCGCAGAGACAGGUGUGGUCGGGCUGUUCGGGGUCAGGUGACUACGUGGAGCUGCUAGGGGGGAACGGGGUUGACACCUCUAAGAUGUUUCCUGUAGCUGACCUCUGUUUCUCCCUCAGUGGUCUCGCCCAGAUGAAGAUUGGUUGUGAUAACUCGGUGCUGAGGCUGGUGUCCAGUGGAAACUAUAUAAACCGUGUUUCUUUCCAGUACCGACUAUUGGAACACAUCGAGCUCCCCAAGACCCGAGAGAACAGUCUGGAUCACUUCUGCACUGUGGAAUGAGAUCACACACACACACACACACACAGCCAUCCAUUUCACUGUAAAUAUACCAGUUUAGUGAAAAUGUCCCAUUUGCCUAAUUCUGUCAAUAAAUAUUUUGUAUUGUUUUUGUCGGAUAAUCUAUUUAGUGUCCUAGUUAUGUUUGCUUUGAUCAUAGCGUAUUUAUUUGAAGAAUUAUUUGUAUUCAUCCCAAAUUUAUGGAUUAUGGGGGAUUUAAUUGUUUUCUUUUUAGUCAUUUUUCAUGAAAAUCUCUGUUACAUUAAAUUUCUUGGCAAGAGCAUUAAUUCCAAACCUCACCCCUGUUGUUUUUAGUUCAUAUCAGUUUCAGUAUUCUUUGGGUGGUUUUACAUCUCUGCUUUCUCUUGUUUAUAUUAACUUGACAAUCUAAAAAUGAACCCGAUUUUUAAUGUUCUGCUUUUGUGAAUGACUGUCUUUAUGAGCUUUCUCCCAUUUCAUUAUGGAACUGCAUGUUCACUUGGUGUUUGUUUUACUAGUAUGCCUCUGUAGAAUCCAUCCCUUUGACCCAAACCCCCAAUACUAUUAUGUUCUUUACUUCUGAAAAUGUUAGAAUGUUCAGUCUAGUCUUUUUUUUUUUUAGCAAAACUGUAUAACAUUCACAGUAAAUACCCAAAACCAACAACUGUUGUUCACUGUUGGCUAUGGUGUGUGUGUGUGUGUGUGUGUGUGUGUGUGUGUGUGUGUGUGUGUGUGUGUGU